AUGAGCGUUGACAACAUUAUGGCGGAGCAUAAACAGGUGUCAGCUAGUUGAGAGCCUGGAUUAAAAUGUCUCGAAAGACGGUCAAAAUGAAGACUUAGGAGCAACUUCAGCUUACUUUUAGAAUCAGCUCAGAAUCAAACAGUCAUGCCCACCAUCAAGACUUUUGCAAGGAUCAAACCUUGUAAAAAUGCUUAUGAUGACUUUGAUGUUACCAAGGACAGGGUGUACCUGCGUACGGCACAGAACAGGGAUUAUAACACCUCCCCCACCAAGACCCGCGCUAACACAGGCACAGUAAACCAUGAGUUCAAGUUUGACACUGUGUUCAGCUCCAGCACUGUCCAGGAGGAGGUGUUUGAGACGGCAGCUAAGGAUAUUGUAGAUCAUUUCCUGACUGGCUACAAUGCCACUAUCUUUGCCUAUGGCCAGACUGGGAGUGGGAAGACCUUCACUGUGGAGGGCAGCGCCAGGAGAUAUGAAGACAGAGGACUGGCUCCAAGGGCACUGUCCAUGAUCUACAAGGCCCUGGAGUCCCGUCAAGAUGAAGACAUCAGUGUCCAUAUCUCCUACAUGGAAAUCUACCAGGAGGUGGGCUAUGACUUGCUGAACCCUGGGGCUAGAACUAAUUCACUAGUCACACCAUUCCCAAAGGUGGUAGUAGUGGAGGGUCCCAAGGGCAGCUGUAUAGUGAGGAACUUGUCCAGUCACAUGGCUGCUAAUGAAGAGGUGGCCCAGAACCUUCUCCUCCAGGGUCAGGCUAACAGGAAGGUGGGAGAGACACCCAUGAACCAGAGGUCUUCAAGAUCACAUGCUGUGUUCACUGUGACACUGUCCACCAAAAAACCUGAUUCUGAUAUUGUAGUCAAGUCUAAACUUCACCUAGUUGACUUGGCUGGCUCAGAGAGAGUGGCCAAGACGGGGGUCUCUGGGUUACAGCUGACAGAGGCCAAAUACAUCAACCUGUCCCUGCACUACCUGGAGGGGGUGAUCAUUGCCCUGCAGAAGGAGGCCCAGGGAGGGAGCCAGGGGCCCAUGAGGAGCCAUAGCAGUUAUGGAACACCAGCAAAUAGAAAUCACCCCUACACCUCUCCAAGGAAGAGUAGGAAUGCCAGCUGGGUUGGCAGUAUCUACAGUGGUUAUGGAGGCAGACCUAGUACCUCUGAUGGCAGAUAUUCUACACAUGUUCCUUAUAGAAACUCUCUACUCACUAUGAUGCUGAGAGACAGUCUGGGUGGUAACUGUCUAACUGUGAUGAUAGCUACGCUGUCUAUGGAGGAAGAGAACCUCGGCGAGACCAUCUCUACCUGUAGAUUUGCUCAGAGGGUGGCUUGUAUUGCCAAUAAUGCUAAGAAAAAUGAAGAGAUAGAUGACAAAUCCAUGAUCCAAAGAUUAAGGAAAAGAAUAGCAGAACUUGAAGCAGAGGUAGCAAACUUAAAGGCCUUACAGUACCAGAGCAUGGACGGUGAGACGCUGGCUGCCAUGAUGGAGAAACUGACAGACGAAGACAAGAUAACCUGUAGCCGGCUGAUGCAGCAGUACAUAGUGGGGAAAGUGAAGGACCCUGUCACUGCAGGUGUCACAGAUCCCUUCAAGUUCCGGGAAUGUCUGCGCAUCCUUAAGGAGAUGAUCAUGAAGAAAUAUGCUGGUGGUCAGAAUAAUGGGACUGGGGUCAGCCUGUCAGAGGAGGUGAAGAGUCGGCCCAUCUCCAACACCUCAGGGAUCAGUACAGCGACCAGUGGGUUUGACGAGACUAUGCCAGGACAGGCAGAGAAGGAGCCAAGCAACAAGAUUAGAUUUGCUGGGUUAGUGCAGAGUGGAGAAGGCUCCUCACAGAUUGCCUACUUACUCUUUUACUGUUUUACCUGCACAUCUGAGGUCAUCCUAGAAUGCAUCCCUAAAUACCUUUCUAAAUCAUAAAAUAGAUUCCAAUAG